AGAGCGAGAGUCUCUGGCGCAAAGAGGAGGGGGCCACCGCGGGCAUAAGGCAAAAAAGAAAAAGAAAAUAAAAUAGAAGAAGGAUCAAGUCACCGUUCCAGUCUAGCCAGACGGCCAGUGAUCCUCCGAGUGGCAAGGGCGCAACAUCCCAGUUUGAGACGAGCGCGCCCCCCCUCGUGUCUCACACUCUUUUGCCCAGUUUGUUUGUUUUGAAAUUUUUCUGAUUGUGUUCACAUUCACAAAAUACUUUGAUUGGGGUUUUUAUUUUUUUCUUGGUAACAAAAAAAAAGAAAUUUGAUUCAAAAGGAAGAGCGAAACGAACAUUGUGCUGUCUGGAAUUCGCGCAGCCGGUAACAAGAAAAUGGCAAUACCCGGUCGGCGUCCAGGCCGGUUAUUAUUAUUGUGGGUGCUGGCCGCCGCGUUCAUCACUGCAACCGUUGAUAGUCGUUUGGUCGCAGGAAGAGAGAACCAUGGGCAAUCGACGCGACAUAAAAGGCAAAAUCCAGGCGGUCGGUCGUCGUACAUUUUGACAGACUUCAUUGGCGUUCCGGAUCCAGAAGCGGAUGUCAUUAGUCUGCAAUCUACCAAAGAAACGGGCAAAUGGUCCGAUUGGUCCGAGCCUUCGGAAUGCUCUCGAACAUGUGGUGGUGGUGUCUCAAGCCAGAGCCGCGAAUGCCAGGGGCGAGGACUUCAAGAUAUUGUUCUGGAUGCCCUGGGAACAUCGUCGUCCGACUCGCAAUGCGUCGCUGCAACGAGGCGGCACCACUCGUGCAACAUUCAGGACUGCCCGGCCGACACACAAGAUUUCCGGUCGGAACAGUGUUCCCGAUUCAACGGCGUGCCGUUUGAAAAUCGUUUUUACGAAUGGGUCCCGUACACGAGGGCGCCCAACAAGUGCGAGCUGAAUUGCAUGCCGAAAGGUGAGAGGUUCUACUACCGACACAGGCGCAAAGUCAUCGACGGUACUCUCUGUGACGAACAAGAAGGAACUGACGUUUGCGUUGCCGGCCAAUGUUUGCCUGUCGGCUGUGACUCGAUGCUGGGCUCCACGGCCAAAGAAGAUCAAUGCAGAGUUUGCGGAGGUGACGGAACAACUUGCACAUCUGUCAACGGAAUCGCCGAACAAAACGACUUUCAAACUGGUUACAACGACGUUUUACUCAUUCCCGUUGGAGCGACGAACAUCAAAAUCCGCGAAGUCAAGUCUUCCAACAACUACCUAGCCAUCAGAAACACUACGGGGCAUUAUUAUCUCAACGGAAAUUGGCGGAUCGAUUUCCCCCGUGAGAUGAAAUUUGCCGGUUGCACGUUCCAUUAUGAGCGCAAACCGCACGCUUUUAUCGCCCCCGAAACUAUCACGGCAUUGGGACCGACGACCGAAGCUCUGUACGUUGUUUUGCUCUACCAAGAGCCCAAUCCGGGCAUUGAAUACGAGUACAGCUUCCCCAAAGAUGUCUCAUUACCCACCGGAGGUGACAGCUACAGCUGGAUCUACGGGGCGUGGAGUGAUUGUAGUGCCGGUUGUGGCGGAGGAGUACAAACGAGGAAUGUUAGUUGCGCCAAGACCAGCGAUUUUGAGAUGGUCUCGGACGACUUGUGCGAUCCUCAAUUACAGCCCGUAGUCAACAGAACUUGCGCCUCAGACGCUUGCGAUCCUAGUUGGUUCAUCGGCAACUGGACUAAAUGUUCGAGCAACUGUCAGGCCGGAAUCCAAUUCCGUACAGUCUAUUGUCAGCAAGUCGUUGCUGGAUCUAUGCAGUCGGUUAUCAAUGACAGCGUUUGUGUCAAUGCCAUCGGACCAACUCCGUCGUCGACCCAGGAAUGCAACAAAGAAGCUGUCUGCCCACAAUUUCACAUCGGGGACUGGGGACCGUGCGAUAAAUUAUGUGGCGAUGGAACACGACACCGCAAAAUCACCUGUUUCCGCAAGGUGGACGAUCGCAUCGAAAAAUUAGAGGACUCUGAUUGUGAAGGCGAAGUUCCGUCACGCACUGAAUCCUGCACUAAGCGACCUUGCGAAGGAGUUGAUUGGAUCACUUCCCCGUGGUCAGGUUGCAAGAAUAAAUGCGGACUUGAAUUCGAGACCCGUCAAGCGCAGUGCGUUUCACCGAAGGGAACCGUUUAUCCGGACGAGUUCUGUCACGCUUACCGUCGGCCGGCAUUGAAUCGGACAUGCGCCGAAGCUACCAAAUGCAAACACGUCUGGUUCGCUUCCCAGUGGAGUGAGUGCUCGGCUGAUUGUGGGACUGGAAUUCAGACCCGGUGGGUGUUUUGCGGAACAAUGGAUGGUGCGUCACCCACUAAAGUCGAUGAUGAAAACUGCGAUCCUGCCAAAAGAUACGAGAACUCAACUGAAUGCCACGUGCCGCCCGAGGAGUGCAAGGGCGCCUGGUUUUCUGGACCUUGGAGUGAGUGCUCAAAGACUUGCGGUACUGGAAGCCGGACGAGACCAAUUUUGUGUCUGGCUAAUAACGUGACAGUCAAGAUCGAUCAAUGCGGAUCAGACACGAUUCCAUCCUCCGAGGAGAAAUGCAAUACUCAAGCCUGCAGCGAAGAAACCACUCCCGACACGACGACCGAAAUGUCUUUGGUUGAAGUCUGCGAGGAAGUUGAGGUUGACGAUGAAGAAGGAGAGGAAGAAGAAAUAGGAGAGGAGGUGAUUGAGGAUCCCAUAGUAGAAUCCAGUGGAUCCAAUCUGGGAAUGGAACCGUCGUCUGGCUCUGGCUCUAGCUCUGAUGGCAGUGGCAUGGAUAGUACUACAGAUAGUACUAUGGAUACUACUAUGGAUAGUACUAAGGAUAGUAGCAUGGAGAGCAACAUGGAAAGUAGCAGCGGCGACCUUGCUGUAGACAUGUCUGCUGAAGGAUCUGGUGACAUGGGAUCUGAAUCGUCUGGACUCGGAUUGGUGCUGGGAGGAAUGACCGCUCCACCGACAGUGAUGGAAGGAUCUAGCGAACCGGAAGGUUUAGUGCGGAAGCGCAGAAGACGACAAGCGCCUGCCGAGGAAUUGCUUCUUUCAAACGAAGGAUCUGGAUCCGGAAUGGGUUCGAGUAUGGGCUCUGGAUUAGGUUCUGGCAUCAUCCUUGGUGAAUCAGGAUCUGGUAUCGAUGGUAUGGAUUCUAGUGAACUAGAGGUCGAAGAAGAAAUGAGCGUCAUCGAAACCAAGAACGGACUUUUACAAUCAGAAAACGUUCUACCCGUCGACGCUAAAACGUCAAGCAAGAAACCAGCUAAAAAUGAAACGACAACUAAAAAGCCGACUAAAGACGCCAAGGAGACCAGCACUGUUAAGCCAACCAAAGAUGCCAAGGAGACGAGCACUGUUAAACCAAGCAAAGAUGCCAAGAAGGAAACAAGCACACAAAAGCCAACAAAAGAUGCCAAGAAGGAAACAAGUACGCCAAAACCAACCAAAGAUGCUAAAAAAGAUGCAAGAACUGUGAAACCAGCCAAGUCGGUCAAGAAACCGGGCGUCGAAGUGAUCGAGAGCGAUAUCAUGAAAACUGGAACCAAAGCACCUCCUAAAUCCAAGGCCAAGAGCUUCCCAGGCAAAAAGAAGAAGGUGAAGGAAUGUCGCGUGGUUACCCAGGAAAAACCAACCUGCGACAAAACCGAAUACGGAUGCUGUUCUGACGGAGUAACUCCAGCCAAAGGACCUUUCGAAGCUGGUUGUCCCAAAUAUGAAACUUGUGAGGAUGCCGAGUUCAAAUGCUGUCCUGACGGUGUCACUCCAGCCAAGGGAGCCAACAAUGAGGGCUGCUUCACUGACGCCUGCAAAACAUCUCUAUUUGGAUGUUGUCCUGAUGGAUCCACUCCAUCGGAGGGUAAUGACAAUGAAGGCUGCCCUGAGCCAACUACACUACCACCACCCACAACCAUGUCUUCCAUGGGUGAGGACUUGAUCCCGGUUUCCUGCAAACAAUCAGAAUUCGGUUGCUGUCCGGACCAGAUGACGACAGCCACUGGCCCAGACAACCAAGGCUGCUUCCAAUGUGAAGCUAGUGAAGUGGAGGGAUCCGGAAGCGGAAGCGGUAGCGGUAGUGGAGCAGGUCCAGAAUGCAAUUCCUGUGAUGACACCAAAUUCGGAUGCUGUCCAGACAAUCUGCGAGCAGCCAAAGGACCUAAUGGAGAAGGUUGCGAACCUGUUGAAAGUGGUUCCGGAGAAAUCGGUUCCGGUGAUGAUUUACCAAAAACGGAAUCGGACAUCAACUGUGCGGAAACGGAAUUCGGUUGUUGCCCUAAUUCAACGAUUGCAGCUACAGGACCAGGCUCUGCUGGAUGUGACAGCCUUUGUGCCGAAACCACAUUUGGUUGUUGUGAUGACAAUGUCACUUCAGCCCAUGGUCCCGACAAGAAAGGUUGUUGCCUCAACACUGAAUUCGGCUGUUGCCCAGACAAUAUCGGUGUCGCGACUGGACCCAAACUUGAGGGCUGCAAUUGCGAAGUCACCCAAUUCGGAUGCUGUCCUGAUAACAUCACUCCGGCUCGUGGUGAGAAAUUGGAAGGAUGCGGAUGUCUUUACACCGAACACACCUGCUGUCCCGAUAGCUACACUCCAGCUGCUGGACCCAACUACCAAGGAUGUGGAUGCAACACGUUCGAAUUCGGCUGCUGCCCUGAUCUUAUCACUGUGGCCAAAGGACCCAAUCUUGAGGGCUGCGGAUGCGAAAACACUGCUCAUGGAUGCUGUCAAGAUGAACGGACUCCCGCCCAUGGACCGCAAUUUGAAGGAUGCACUUGUGAAUCUUCUAAACACGGUUGCUGCUAUGACGGAGUCACUGCCUCCCAGGGUCCCAACUACGAAGGAUGCCCAUCGAAACCUAAACUUUCUGGCGAAAUUUGCGCGUUGGAUAAGGAUCGUGGUUCUUGCCGUAAUUUCACCGUCGGAUGGUUCUUCGAUAUGGAAUAUGGCGGUUGCUCUCGUUUCUGGUACGGCGGAUGUGAUGGCAAUGACAAUCGCUUCCCAACGCAAGAUGACUGCAAAGCCCACUGUGUUGAACCAACUGGCAUUGAGGCUUGCUCCCUGCCACGAGUUGCCGGACCCUGUGAGGGUAACUAUCCAUCCUGGUACCAUGACACUACUACCGGCUCCUGUAAACAGUUCCGUUAUGGAGGCUGCCUGGGUAACACCAAUCGUUUCUCCACUCGCGAAGAUUGUAAUCAACAGUGUAUUGCACCUAAAUUGCUCGACAAAUGUGAGAAGCCUCAGGAUGCUGGAGGUUGUCAAGGUACCUUCCAACGUUGGAGCUACGAUAAGACGUCAAUGACCUGUCAAGAAUUCAACUGGGGUGGUUGCCAGGGUAACGAGAACAAUUUCUUGAGUGAACGCGAGUGCCAUCUCCGUUGCAAAGACACUAGUCGAUCCAGAGUUUCCGCUGAAGAGCGGUGCAACAUGACGGCCGACUACGGCCGAUGCCAGGGCAAUCAACUCCGGUGGCAUUUCGACAGCAAAUCUCGACAUUGCCACAGUUUCCUCUAUUCCGGUUGCGGAGGCAAUGCCAAUCGCUUCGAAAGUUAUCAAGCCUGUGCAUCGAUAUGCAAAGAGGCUCCCAGGACUCCCAAAACAACAACCCCAGAACCAUAUCAGCUCACUACAUUGAGGACAAAUGAUACAGAAGAGGACACCUGCCGGAUGCCGCGUGUUAUCGGUGACUGUAAAGAAUUUACCGAACGGUGGUACUACGAUGAAGCGGAUGAAGAAUGUCGCGCUUUCUUGUUUGGAGGUUGCAACGGCAAUGCCAACAACUUUGAUUCAAUGGACUCGUGUAAUCAAAGAUGCAAAUCGACUGUAUCGCCAAUAGUUCCCGAAUCCGCCAAGCCCAUCGACGAAGAUUUCAGAACCGAAUUCUGUUUCCUACCGAAGCAAGAAGGUUCUUGUGACGAGUCGGUAUUGCAAUGGUUCUACGACCGACCUGAGGGUGUCUGCAAACAGUUUAUCUACAAAGGAUGUGAUGGCAAUCAAAAUAGAUUCGCCGAUCGUCAAGAGUGCGAGAGCAGAUGCAGUCAGUCUCAAGAUGUCUGUAUUUUGCCGAGAGUCGUCGGUCCCUGCAGUGGCUCCUUCCGCCAAUGGUACUAUGAUGCCGGAUCUGAUAACUGCUACGAAUUCGACUACGGUGGAUGCCAAGGAAAUCCGAACCGCUUUAACAACGCUCAAGAAUGCCAAAAUCGUUGCCAGAGAGUCAGGCCCAUCACAACUACUUCCACAGAAGCUCCGUAUGUUCCUUAUCCGGAACGUGAAGAUGAUCGAGAACGGGAACGAGAGCCUGAACCUGAACGUCGGCCUGAUGAACGAGAACGUGAACGAGAACGUGACCGCUACCCCACUGGAGGAGAUAUAUGCGGAUUGGAGGUUGAACCUGGACCUUGCAGAGCCAGUGUUCCAGCGUGGUAUUUCAAUAGACAGACCAGCCGUUGUGAAGCCUUCAGCUAUGGCGGUUGCGAUGGCAACGCCAAUCGUUUCCAUUCAGAAGAACAAUGUGAACGUCAGUGCGGAUCCUUCCGAGGCCAAGAUGUCUGCCGACUUCCCCCCGACAGAGGACCUUGCCGUGGCUCCUUCCGCAAAUACUAUUUCGACCGCAGCUCGCUGCAAUGUCUCGAAUUGGUUUACGGCGGAUGCCGUGGUAAUGGCAAUCGAUUCAGUUCACUGGAGGAAUGUCAAUCUCUCUGCCUUCAACGCGCCGAAGUUGCUCCCCCUGGCAAUGUGACAUCCGAUGCCAAUUCAGUGGUCUGCCGUUUGCCAAUGGACGUCGGUCCGUGUCGCGAGCGAUACGAUCGCUGGUACUUUGACUCCGAACGAAGCACCUGCCAGCCGUUCGUCUAUGGCGGCUGUGCUGGCAACAUGAACCGUUUCAAAAGCUUCGAAAGUUGCACCACCUUCUGUUCGCCAUCCGAUCGAACUAGACCAGCAGAACCGGCUCCAAGCUAUCCUUCUCCUUCAACCUCUAAUGAAAAUGAAAUCGAUGUCGGACCCCCUGAGUCGAAUAACAAACCCUACGACAGUGAACCGUGUUCUGAGGCCAACGCCAAUUGCCGUGCCAUCAGUUGUCCAUACGGAAUUGAAAGGUUCACAUCCAAUUCCGGAUGCGAUGAAUGCCGAUGCUACGAGCCUUGCCGUGGCUAUUCAUGCCCCGAAGGCACCGAAUGUCAAGCCGAAUUGGUUCGUGAUGAGUCUGAUCCUAAUCAGUCAGCCACUCGUAUCCAACCUGUGUGUAGACAAGUCAAUAAAGAGGGUCAGUGCCCUUCAAUCCAGCGACGAGGAUCCAACUGCGAAGAAGAAUGUCGCUCUGACGCUAAUUGCCAGGGAGAUCACAAGUGUUGCUUCAACGGUUGCGGUCGCUCUUGUCUCGCUCCUGCCACAACAUAUGACGAGCCAACGACAACGACACCCGCACCUGCCAGAGGUACUCCACCGCGAAUCGUCGACGGAGAGACUCGUGUGGCGGCCGAGGAAGGUAGCGUUGGCGAAAUGCCAUGUGAAGCCACUGGAUCACCUAAACCAACCAUCUACUGGCGCCGAGCCAACGGAGAGGCGGUUAACGAUGAAGGCAAAUUCAAAAUCCAAUCGAAUGGUUCCCUCAACAUCAUUGGCGUUCAUCGAUCCGAUGCUGGCAUGUACACCUGCAUCGCUGACAACGGAGUCGGCUCUUCCGCACUCAAACAAAUUCAAUUUGAAGUUAAAGACCCGACUGUUCGUGCUGCGGAUAUAGUGACCUAUCAGAGUGUGACUGUCGUGACUCUGGGCUCUCCGAUCAUUAUCCAUUGUCACGCUUACGGCUGGCCCAGGCCAUCUGUGACUUGGUGGCGUGGUGAGAGAAUGCUUCCGCUGUCAUCGGAGCGUUAUGAACAGUUCCGCGAUUAUUCACUUUUGGUCCGCCGUGUCUCCUUCCGCGAUCUGGGCCCUUACACCUGCCAGGCCUACAACGGCUAUGGUCGCCCUUCGUCUCACACGAUGAUUCUUCAGGCUAUCGGUCCCGUCUAUUCUGUUGAUGCCGACGAAAUUGAAUUCCGUCGCUAUCUUAUUCCCCCACCUCAACCUGACCCACGUCUUUUACUAACCACUACUACUACUACUCCUGCUCCCUUCCGGCCUCGGCCCACUCCACCGUCCUCUUAUUACACGCUGCCUCCACAGCGGCCUAACUUGGUUGCACCGAACGCAAGAGCAUGGGCGGAGCGAUCGAAUUACCCAGUGGAUAGUGAUAUCCAAAUCCACUGUGACGUCCAGGGAUACCCGCAACCAACGGUCACCUGGUACAAGGACAACAAUCCCAUUCUUCCCACGGAUCGUGUCUCCGUUACUGGUAACAAUACACUAAUUAUUACUGGAGCAGAAGGCUCCGAUUCCGGAAGUUACCGCUGCGAGGCGGUCAAUUUGCUUGGAGAUUCAACCAGUAUCAUCAGUGUGGUUGUCGAAGGUGUCUACCUACACCCCAACUGCACCGACAACCCGUUCUUCGCCAACUGCAAGUUGAUCGUCAAAGCGCGUUUCUGUACCAACAAGUACUAUGCUCGUUUCUGCUGCAAAUCUUGCACACUGGCUGGUCAAUUGCCGGCAACGGGGCCGCAUCUGCUCGAUUACAAGACAGGUACUAGCAGCGCCUCUGCCAGGCGCAGGAAGUAGAUCAGAUGAUGGUCGAAUAUGUGCCAACGACACCUCUUUUCUCUCUCUCCUCUUUUCUCCACCUGUUGUUUGUUUUUAUUUCGUUUCCCCCGCCUUAUUCUUGUCCUCCCUUUUUUUCAUUACAUUAUUUUGACCGGAACAUUUUCUGGCGUGUUUUUUCCAUAUAUAUCUCUUUUUUAUCUCCCCUUUUUUUUAUAAUUUACUCUGUCACUCGCUCACAACAGAACAGCACUGUCGUUUUUAAAACAGCAAAAAUUUCAGGCGGGUUAGGGUACCGAAUUCUAUUUAGGAAAAACACUGUUUUCUUACUACUACUACUACACUUUUUCGAUGAUUGGCUUAGCGAGCUGUUUGGCUAGUCCUAAUGAAAUUUUCAAUAUUAUUUCAUUUUAAAUUUUUCGUAUGGACGACCGGUUGGGGAGGAGUUGAGAGGAGGUGUUGACAGAUUUACAUAAGAAUUUUUCCUAAAAAUUUGUCUUUUUCUCAAUAUAUUUUGGCUUUUUUUUCUCUCUUUUUCUUUAUCUAUUCCAGCUUACUUUGACAAAAGAGUGUGAACGUAAAAGACUUCGAACUCGCCCUGUCAACUUCCUCCUCAUCUGGGCUCCUCCCCCCCCAAUGAUAUUUUUUCACUAUAUUUAGACAUUUAACAGCAGUCUAUUUGGCUUACAGUGACGGAAAGCUAUUCAUUCUUCUUUUCUAACUGAAUAACGAAUGACUGGCUGUUUGUCCGUUUCAUCACUAUUCACUGCCACUAUGUGCUGUUAUAACUAUAUGCUGAACCGAGGUGUAAGAGGAUCAGUUCACACCACGCUUAUAUUCCUCCCUCUUUCUCAGUCUCUACUCACGUGCCUUCUAAUCAGUCUUUGCAAUGUAUUUCAUUCUUUUCUCUUAUAAUUUGGCAUUUAGAGAAUAUUCUGCAUGUUGACAAAGGUUAUUGUUUUCCAUGGGUUAUGAUGUUUAUGGCACACGAUUCCCGUCGGUAUCAAGAGAUAUGUAUGCCCAAACCGAUCGGUUUUUAUUUCACUUAUGUCAAGCUUUUUCUACAAUUCAAAGAAAGAAACAUUUACCACGUCACUGCUGCAUUGCCUUCCUCUCUUUUACACUUAUUUUAUCACAACAAAUUUUUUGAAUACUUCACGUAGAUGCUCUUCAACGAUGAAAACAACGUGCCUUUUGUAUAUAUUGCUGAAUACAACAUUUUUGUCCUCAGAAA